AUGCUCGCCUCGCCCUUGUGUCCCACUCCGUUCUCCCAGCUCGCGUCAGACGACCACUCUCAGCUUCGUCCCGCCAAAGAUAUCGAAGCGUUCAAUAGCUUGCUACCACCUCCGAUAGAGUUUAUCGAGGGGUCGUCUACAGGCGCUCUCGCUUUGCACACUGGUACAAUAGACCUUUCGUGGCCUGCAGGUUGCACCUCGGGCAGUGGCCUCCACAACAUAGGCAACACGUGCUUCCUCAAUAGUGCUCUGCAAUGCCUAUUGCAUACCCCGCCUCUUCUGCGCGUUCUGCACGCGCAUUCUCAUUCUGAUCCUUGCCGAGUGAAGAACAAUGGAUUUUGUAUGAGCUGCAGUUUAAGGCAGGUGAUGAUGGAUUCGCACCAAAAGUCACGCCCGUUCACCCCCUUCCCCAUCACGUCUAAGCUGCAAUUGAUCGCGAAGCACAUGCGUAAAGGUAGACAGGAGGAUGCGCACGAAUUUCUUCGGUAUGCCAUAGACGCUCUGCAGAAGUCGUGUCUGGCUGGGUAUCCCCAGGACAUCAGGAAACUUGAUCCCAAACUAGCGGAGACGACGUGGGUGCACAAGAUUUUUGGCGGUCGCUUGCGUUCUCGAGUAACAUGUCGGGAGUGUAAUCACCACAGUGAUACUUUUGACAGCAUGUUGGACGUCAGCUUGGACAUCUACGGGUCAAGUACGCUGAAGGAGGCAUUCAAGAAGUUUGUUGCCGUGGACUGUUUGAGGGGUGCUGACAAGUAUAUGUGCGAGAAGUGGAAGCCAGUAGUUGCGGAGAAGCGGUUUACGAUCCAUGAAGCCCCUGCGGUGUUGACAGUGCACCUUAAGAGGUUUUCUCCGCUGGGUCGCAAGAUCGGCCACUUUGUGCACUACGACGAACGUCUAUCCCUUCAGCCCGCCAUGAGCGAGGGACAGUAUGGUCCGCGAUACUCGCUUUACGGCGGUGGGCCGAACUCGGGGCACUAUUUUGCCCACUGGUUCCAAAUGAACGACGACAUGGUCGCAUAUAUCCUGUUCUAUAUCAGGGACAAGGGUCAUACCAGGCCAACAGCGAGUGCAACGUCGACGAGCAUGAAGAAACGCAAAGUCACAGAAGCCGAAGAAGAUGUGGGUGUCAAGGUUGACCAGCCGUUCAUUGGGCCUCUUCUUCCCUCACCUACUCUGAACACACAUUCUCCGAUACCCUCACAAGCUGCGGCCCUAAGAAGAAAGAUCACAGCUGCUACCAAAACCAGCAAUGCGCUAUCGAGUCUCGUCAUCCCCCCAGACCCAAAACCAGCCGAUUCCGACAUGUCCACCGACAGUCCAACAGCGACGCAACCUCCUACGUCCGCAUUACCCUCCGAAGACCCGUCUGAAGCGUCCACCCCUUCAACUGCUGUCAAUCCUAGUAGUUUCUAUGCCACACCUUCCUCGUCCUCAAUUUCGGCAUCCCACACCUACACGUGGGUCACCUAA